GAGGUCAGAGUGAUCGAUCGGCUUUUGUCUCUUUCAAGAUCUGGCACGUCAAUCCGGUCUCCUGGAUCUUUUGGGAAUACUGGGCAGGGAGACAACUGCUGGGAAGCCUCGGGCGAUGCUGCACUCCCAACUCCCAUCCACCCCGACCAACUUAUCACGUGGCGAUGAAAUGACCCGCCCAGCUUAGCAGGGGAAGGUUGAUCCCUGGACAUGGAGUGAACUGGACAGCGAGGAGACCGUUUGCUUUAACAAGCGACGCGUUUAUUGUCAAUGGCCCCCGUCAGCCAAGAGCAACUCUCUAAGUUCCAGCAGGAGGGCUUCUUGGUCCUCGAACGGUUCUUCAGCCUAGAAGAAUGCGACGCCAUGAGGGCCCAGAUCCGAAAGAUAAUUGAGUCUAUGGACAUGCCAGCUCACUGCCGCACAGAGUUUUCAACCCAGCAGUCGGAACAACUCCAGGCUCAGGGUUCUGCAGAAUAUUUCCUCAACAGCGGAGACAAAAUCAGGUUCUUUUUCGAAAAAGGUGUUUUUGAUACAAAAGGGGACUUUCUGGUUCCAAAGGAGAAAUCGAUCAAUAAAAUUGGCCACGCUCUACAUGCCUACGAUCCCGUCUUCAAGCAAAUGACCCACACAGCCAAGGUGCAGGCUUUAGCAAGAAAUUUGGGUCUGGAGAAUCCUGUGGUGGUGCAGAGCAUGUACAUCUUCAAGCAACCGGGCAUUGGUGGGGAAGUGAUGCCACAUCAGGACGCAACUUUUCUGUACACAACCCCUUUGGGCAAAGUGAUGGGCUUCUGGAUCGCUCUGGAAAACGCCACCCAAGAAAACGGCUGCUUGUGGUUCAUUCCAGGCUCGCAUAUAGCUGGCAUCACGCGGCGGAUGGUCCGAACUCCUCCUGGGACGAUUCCUUGCACCGAUUUCAUUGGCACUGAGCGAGUGUAUGAAGACUGCCGGUUUGUCCCCGUGCCAGCGGGCAAAGGGGACUUAGUCCUUAUCCACGGCGAGGUGGUGCACAAAAGUGAGGCAAACUAUUCUCAGGAGUCCCGCGAGGUUUACACCUUCCACCUGAUGGAGGCCAAGGACGCAGUUUGGAGCGCCGAGAACUGGCUUCAACCAACUCCGGAACUGCCUUUCCCAUCGCUGUACACGAGCGAGUAAACCCGCAGCAUCUCUGCUUGGGAGCCCCAUAUCUUUUGGGGAACCGGCAGCGGGGCUGAUCUUCAGCUCUGCAUCUGUAGCUGGGGAAUUUUCUGUCUGGCUCCAGCUUCACAUCAUCUCCGAAUCCGCUGAGUCUGUUCCGGAGAGCGUGGGCUUAAAAAAUCAGUUUGGUGUGGAGUUAAAGAGCAUCAGAUCCUGACCAAGGAAAGUCAGGCAGUAGUUUUUGCUCAACGAUGAGCAUCACGGGAAGGAAAAGAAGGCAUGGAGGGAACAAACAUUGGUCCUGGCUUCUGAAAGGGAAGGCAAGUUAAAAAUGCAAUAAAAUGUGGACUGGAAUUCUGAUUAUG